AUGGAGCAGAAUGAACGAAAGUCAGCGAGGGACACGAUGGAGAAGAAGCUUGAGGAGGCCACUUGGAAAAUGACGACGACCGCCGAGAGGUUCACCUCCGCAGCAGCAAGCGGCCAGCCGUAUUUGCAUUACCACCUCCCCUAUAAGGCCGUGCACACUCAGCAUGUAACGGCUGUCAUGAAGCGGUAUUACAACUUUCGGAAGUCACCCUGGACCCGGCCCACGCUUAUUUUUGGAUUGGGAGUGGAGUCCGUGGCUUUCUUUACGGUACAUAUUUUUGGCAUCGAGAUUCUAGAUCAACCAUCUAGGGUUGAUAAGGGGCAGGAGGACUACUGA